AUGUCAGGUCCCUUGUCUCCUGCUGAGUUAGCAGUGGCCAAGACCAAAUUGUUCUACUGUGUACAGAGAGAGAAUUUUGUUCAGGAAAUUGCAGACUUGAAAAAGGGUAAAUCUCCUUCAAAGGGUUCUCCUUUGUGUAGUUUAGAUCCUUUUGUAGAUGAUGAAGGCCUAUUGAGAAUUAAGGGACGUUUGGAGAAUGCUGAUUUAAGUUUUGAAAGUAAACAUCCUGUUAUUAUUCCUUCAGGUCAUGUUGCUAAGCUCUUGGUUCAAUUUCAGCAUAUUUUUCUGAAGCAUGCUGGAGUAGGGACCAUUGUGUCUACUUUAAGAGGCAGCUACAGGAUUUUGGGAGUCAGGAGAAUUGCUAAAACUGUUUGUAGAAUGUGUGUUAAGUGUAAAAGAGGUUGGUGGGAGCGUUUGAUUAGGUCUGUUAAGUCAGCUUUGAGGAAAACAAUAGGGGUUAAAUGUUUGUCAAAAAUUGAGUUAGAGACCACCAUUCAAGAAAUUGAGGCUUGUGUGAAUUCUAGACCCUUAACAUAUGUUGGAGAUGAACCUGAUGUUUCUAAUCCUUUGACUCCCUCACAAUUUCUCAUUGGACGUAAUGCUGGACUUCAACUCGAGGUUAAUGAUCAACCUUCAUGUAUCACCGGAAAGGAUUUGAUUAUCCGAGAAAGUAUUCGCCAGCAACAACUUGAUAAGUUUUGGAAAUUAUGGAGCAAUGAUUAUCUAAGAAACUUGCCACCUGUUGUGAAGGGAUUUGUGCAAAAAUGUAAUGUAAAGAAAGGUGCUAUUGUCCUUGUCAGAGAAGACUAUGUUCCUAGGCUAAAAUGGCCAUUAGGUGUUGUAACAGAAGUAUUCCCAGGUAAUGAUAAUAUCAUUAGGAGUGUCAUGGUAAAAACUGACAAAGGAGUAUUUAAUAGACCAGUGCAGAAGUUGCAUGAUCUUGAAAUGUAUAGUGAUCUUUAUGAAGAUUCUGAUGAAGAUUUGAGAGAAUCUAUCUCAGGGGAAAUUGUUAAAUCAUCAGUUCCUGGAAACAAUGAAAAUAGUGCCUCUGAACCUUGUGAAGAGAGCUGUUUAAACCCUACUUCCUUUAGUCAACGGGGUCGUGCCAUAAAACACCCAAAUAAACUUGACUUGUAAUAAUAUGCAGUAUUUAGUUUAGUUGUUCUUAUUUCUUAAGGUUGAAAUUAAGAUAAGUUUGUGAGUUUUAUAGUAUAUCUGAGUUUAUUGAAGCAAAUUCCAAGGAGAAAUCUGUCCUACUACUAUUUCUCAGGAUUUAGUCUAUGAUAGGAGUAAGUACUCCUAUGGUGGGGAGUAUGUUAAAUAUGUUAGUUACCC